UUGGAGUCGGGCACAAAUUUUAGCUGAACCUAGCUACCUAGAGCUUCGCGCCAUGGCUGAUCCCUGCUCUCUAAGCAACCCACAGGCCUGUAGAACCACCAACAUGGCCCUGCACCUUGUCGUAGACUUCGACAAGAAGGUCCUGAGAGGGUCGGCCACUCUUGAUGUGGAGGUGUUGGAGGAGGGAGUGGAGCAUGUGGUACUGGACACACGUGAGCUGACCAUCCAUGGUGUGGAGGAUGUCAGCACAGCUCAGCCGCUGCAGUUCCAGCUCAAGGACCAGGUGGCACCUUUUGGAUCACCCCUGCAGAUCAGCCUUCCAGUCAACUGUCACGCAAAAGGGAGCAAAUGCCAAGUGAAAGUCAGCUAUGAGACAGCACCGUCCUCCUCAGCUCUACAGUGGCUGUCCCCACAGCAGACAGCAGGACAACAGCACCCUUACCUGUUCAGUCAGUGUCAGGCCAUCCAUGCCCGCAGCAUGCUACCAUGCCAGGACACCCCCUCUACCAAGAUAACUUAUCAAGCUGAGGUUUCGGUGCCCAAACCUCUAGUGGCCCUGAUGUCUGCACAGAGAGGUGGAGAAGAGACAGACCCAACAGACCAAACCAGAACUCUGUACAAGUUUGAUCAAAAGGUACAAAUGCCCACCUACCUGAUUGCUAUAGUGGCUGGAGCCUUGGAGAGCAGGGACAUCGAUCACCGUACGAAGGUCUGGUCAGAAAAGGAGUUGGUGGACAAGAGUGCUUACGAGUUUGCAGAGACAGAGACAAUGCUGAAGACAGCGGAGGAUCUGCUGGGUCCGUACGUGUGGGGACAGUAUGACCUCCUGGUGCUGCCUCCCUCCUUCCCGUAUGGAGGCAUGGAGAACCCCUGUCUCACCUUCGUCACACCCACACUGCUCGCUGGAGACAGGUCACUUGCAAAUGUGGUGGCUCAUGAGAUCUCUCACAGUUGGACAGGAAACCUGGUGACCAACAGGACAUGGGAGCAUUUCUGGUUGAAUGAAGGCCACACAGUGUUUGUUGAGAGAAAGAUUGCAGGAAGGAUGCAUGGAGAGAAGACUAGGCAGUUUGCUGCUUUAGGAGGCUGGAAAGACCUGUAUCAUUCGGUACAAACGUUUGGUGAGACCAACCCGCUGACUAACCUGGUACCUAGACUGGAGGGUGUGGAUCCUGAUGAUGCCUUCUCCUCUGUACCCUAUGAGAAGGGCUUUACUCUACUGUACUACCUGGAGGAGCUGGUGGGAGGACCAGAGAAGUUUGAACCAUUCUUGAGGAAGUACAUUGACACCUUUAAGUACAAGUGCCUGGACACUGAGGAGUGGAAAGCCUUUCUGCUGGACUACUUCAAGAAAGAGGUUUCUGAAGGUCUGUUUGACCAGGUGGACUGGAAUGCCUGGCUACAUACACCUGGUAUGCCACCUGUAAAGCCCAGCUAUGACACGACCCUGGCAGACGUGUGUUCCUCCCUGUGUCAGCGCUGGAGUCAGGCCACACCUGACCAGCUGGACCAGUUCACUCCCCAGGACCUGCAGGACAUGUCACCUGGUCAGAAAACUGAGUUUCUGGCACAACUGCUCCUGGAGCCCCCACUGUCGAUUCAGCAUAUUGAAAAGAUGGACCAAGUCUAUGGUAUGAGUGCCAACAACAACUCAGAGAUCAAGUUCAGAUGGCUGAGGCUGGGUAUCAGGGCAGAGUGGGAGGGUGCUGUGGACCCUGCUCUCAAGUUUGUUACUGUUCAGGGAAGGAUGAAGUUUGUACGGCCACUCUACAGGGACCUGUAUGGGUUUGACAAGGCCAGAGAUAAGACCCUGCAAACCUUCCAGCAGAACAGGCCCUUCAUGCACAGCACCACGGCCAGCCUGGUGGCCAAGGACCUCAACAUCCAGUAGUGACCAUCAGGCACUUCAUUUUCAGCACCAUGGACCGCCUUAUGGUCAAGAGCCAAAAAAAUCAUGGGGUUGUAUAGUUGUUAGGGGAUGACUAUUAUCAUCAAUAACAGGAAAAUUUGCACUAUUGACAGGAUGAAAUAACAGAAAAUUUUGAUCAUGUCAUUUUGAUAGUACUGUAGAAAAAAUUGCAUUAGUGGAAACAUUUGUACUAUUUACUGGAAAAUAAUAGUGCAUUUUCCACUAUUGACAGGAUCAUCUUGCUAAAAUUUGAAAUGUUCUACAGCAUUUGGAUGUACUUACUUGCUAUUAUACUAUCAUUACAUAGCAAUAGUUAUGUUUACCGAAGAAAAACAUAUUGUUUUUGCUCGGUUUCCUUUCUCUUCUUCUUCUCCAAACAGUAACCU